AUGGCAUCAUCAAACUCUCCUUCUCCUCCUCAAUUUCCAAAGAAGGCGAGGACAAAAGUUCGAGCAACCAAGGAUUCUCCUGAUGCAAGGGUUACGAAGAAGAAAUCCUUUAAGUCUCAAACUACUGAUGCUCUAUGUCAUAAGGUAAAGCACCUUCUUCCUGAGGAUAUUUUUCAACUUUAUCAAGAGAAACUUACGAAUAAGCCAGUUGAUAUUGAGUAUUAUGUUGAUGCCUCUGUUAAAGUUGAACUGAAGGAAAAUUUUGUGAAACUGUUUGCUAAUCAUAAAUUGUUGAAGUUUAUUGGGUUGAAAAAAAAGUAUAACCUUGAUUAUGUGAAAGCUUUCUAUUGUAAUCUUGUGUAA